ACCUCGUUAACAACUGUACUCAGAUACGAGCUGGCGCUGCAGGCUCCUUUGGAGUACUUCACCCGGUCAAGAUCGACAUGGUUGAUGUUGUCAAUGGCCCUUGUUCGAUGAGCACAACUCGCCGUAUGACGCCAGACGGGCUCUCCGGCCACUGACACUCCGUCAGGUUUUGAAUGCCGAAAGGGCUCAUUCAACUGCACCAUUCAUGUUGGACGGCAUAGAAUUGAACAGAAUAACCACCGUAGCGCAUCUCGUCACGGCGGAGCCGCCGGAUGAGAGUGAAAACAGAUACUACGCCAAGUACAUGCUGGAGGACGGCUCUCAGCGAGUCAAAGCAAUGGAACUAUUCUCCGACACCCACCCAGUUUCGAACCUCAAUCUCGCAGUUCCAUUCGUGCCACGAUACGUACGGAUCCAAGGCAAUUUGGACCAGUUCCCGAGGGGGGCUCCCAACUCGAUCAAAGUAACUUCAAUACGGGAAUGCACAGAUCCUCAUGAAUACUUCACCCAUUUCCUCGAAUGCUGUGCCGUGACCAUGGCCUGUGAGAUAGGAACUACUGUACCCUCUACAUUGCCGACUUCACGACAAUCGGCGGGGUAUGGAGGAUACAUCUCUGCGAUGUCACUCGACGAACCAUCGUUGGUUCAUGAUAUACGCCCUCGCAUUGAGGAUGACCCCUCUCUCAUCUCGACAAUCUUCAGCGUGCUAUUAUUUUGUCCAUGCUCAAUAGUACCUCUAUCGCUGGAGGGAUGCACGUGGGUGAAAUCGCACAAGCCGUCAGGCAUCUAGCACUUGGUCCUGAAGAAAUCAGCAAUGCAUUGGAUUACCUGGCUGAUGAAGGAUACAUCGAUUGCCCGACGCCAGAUAUCAAGUACUGCGUACUCACGGACAAAUGCAGGCGCGCGAAUGGGCAUUACUCAUUUACUGCGAACUAGGGAUAUGGCGGCGAUUGCAUCAUCAUUCAAGUUACCUUCAUAUUGUAGAACACGAGAUCUUGUAUUCGUACGAUGAACCGCUCUGUAUUCUUGGAUUAGGCUCUGUACAC